AUGUCCCUCCUCCUGGCCCUCACGGCGCGACUCAUCGCCUGCCUCGCCAUUCUACAGUUCACCACCGCCUACAUCGUCACUCACAAUCUGACCGGCGACAUCCCCUCCUCCGCCGUCAUGAAUUUCGUCUACGCUCCCUUCCCCGCCCCUCAACAACAGCAUCGAUCUCGGCAUCUUCUCUCCACUCGGAAUCUCCCUAUCUCAGCCUUCAACGGCAGCGGCUCUCGCGGCUGGUCCGGUGGGUUUCGCAAGAACUUCACUAUUGCCUUGGGCGGGGCGACGCCGGGCUAUAAUGCUGGGCCACUGGAGGUGGGAGAGUGGAACGUCGUGCUGGGACCGUAUGUGGUCGAGGCGGCGGGCGUGGACUGGUCGGUGAAUGUGGAAGUGACGUAUGCUAAAGCCGAAGGUGAUGGGAUGGACUGGGAGGGAGUCGAGUAUUGGCGGCCUACGCUUGGACAGAGUAGUGAUAUGGAGGGAGCGGUGCGAGAGAGCGAAGAGCAAUGGCUACGCGGAGACUUCCAUAUGCAUUCUAUCUACUCCGACGGGAGGUAUCUACCAAGCGAGCAAAUGGAGAAUGCCGUGAAGAAAGGGCUGGACUUCAUCUUUUUCUCAGAGCACAACACAGACAGCGGCAGCAACGAGAUCGGUCGCUGGCGGCCAGAGGGAGCUGAAGAGCUGCUGGUUGGUAGAGCUAUCGAAGUCACUACAAGGCACGGUCACUGGCAAGCUAUUGGACUUGAUCGAGGUCAGCAGGUCGAAUGGCGGUAUACGAAUGAGACAGAUGGCUUCGCGCAGGCCGCGGAUGGCGUGAGGCAGUCUGGAGCGCUCGUCAGCAUUAAUCAUCCCUAUGCCAGUUGCUCGCGCUGCGACUGGACGCUAGAUUGGGAUCAUCAUGAUGCGAUCGAGGUAUGGAAUGGGCGGUGGAGUCCAUUGAAUGAGCUCGCGGUCCGACGAUGGCAGGACGAGUUGGUGGCUGGAAAGAAGACAGUGGCGAUUGGCGGAAGUGAUGCUCAUCACCCGCCAGAACAGAACGGGCUGCCUACGACAGUGGUCAGGACGUCUGUAAAGAGUCAAGCAGGCAUUGUCCAAGGUGUUCGUGAAGGCGGAGUGUAUCUCGUGGAGGGCCCUGGUAUGGAGUUGGAAUUCAGUGUGCUGGUUGAUGGCAUCGAAUACGAUAUCGGUCGUACUGCGCCUACUGGGAGUGGCACGGCAGUGUUGGCCGCCCGUGGCUUCCUCGACGCCAUAGCGUGUUUCGUGACAGACACUGGCUAUGUCAAAAAUCAAUCUCUGACCGAGGAUCCGGUCAGAUAUGAGGUUGACGACAGCAGGUUUAUUCGGGUCGAGGUCAGGAACUCGAGUGACGUGCUGCUGGGUCUGGCGAAUCCUGUAUUCUUUGAAUGA